AUGCCACCACGGAUGCAACAUGCGGGCUCCUCCUCUUCUUAUAAUGACAGCGGCGCCUGGUCUCGAGCUAGCUCAGAAAGACAAAGCAACCCUCCUCCAUGUCGACCAAGUGCCAUCAAUAAUCUAGACGGCAACAGAAGCCAUCCCGAGCUCAAGGACACGCCGGGCCAGCCCGUCGUCGGCAGGGACCCCUGUAGUAACGUCGCCAUGCUAGACCUCAGCGCCAAACAUGCUCAGCCGCUCGCCAACUCCCGAUUCUCGGAACCUCUCCGAUUGCACAAGCGCGUCGCGGAUGGCUUGAUCGCACCCCUGUCGGCUAAGAAACGGCUCCGUGAUGGCCCUUCAACAUUUCCCAGCGGCGGUGAGGUGAGGCAGCAUACAGUAGAGACGAAUGCGUCGAUGAUGAACUGA